AUGUCUUCCACUAAGAAAAGUCUUCUUAGAACCGUGUUUACAGCAAACGGAAGCUGUGGUUGCAGCAAAACAAAAUCCUCUCAAGUGCAUGACCCAACCCCAAAACCCAAAACCUCCCACACUCACCAAAAACCAAACAACCUUAGCAGCAUGGCCUCUUCGACCACUUCCAUGGAACACAUUGAUGAAGAAGAGUUCACCUCUACCACACUAUCCGAAUCCGAGACACUUCAUGAUCACAACAAUCUCAACAAUGUUGUACUCAAACGAAGCCCUCUUGUGGACAGUGUGGCAGUUGAGAAGGACUCUUCCAACCCAUAUCAUGAUUUCAGACACUCCAUGCUCCAAAUGAUCUUUGAGAGAGAGAUCGAGUCAGAGGACGAUCUUCAAGAUCUUCUGCAAUGCUUUCUUCACCUGAAUGCACCAUGUCACCACCAUGUCAUCGUGAAAGCCUUCAGUGCCAUCUGCGAAGAAGCGUUUCCUCGCAAGGCUAUUACCACUCCCGCCGCGUCUGAACCUUCUCCCUCUCGCCGGAGCCCCCUCGCCGUUCGAAAGAGCAAGUGA